AUGGUGACUGAGAGUGGUUCCCCUUCGACUGAGAAUUCUGUGAGUAACAAUGGUGUUAACAGUAAUGAUCUCGGUUCUCCACUGUAUAUGCAUCCUUCGGAUAAUCCAGGUGCUUCGUUGGUUCAAACUCCUUUUGAUGGAGUAGGUUACAGAUCGUGGAGACGCAGUGUUCUUAGAGUUUUGUCAGUUAAGAACAAGCUGGGUUUCAUCAAUGGUGAUUGUAAGAGGCCCGAUGCAGGAACACCACAAUUUCAUCAAUGGGAAAGGUGUGAUGAUAUGGUUACUUCCUGGAUUCUUAAUUCUCUAGCUAAGGAAAUUGCAGAAAGUGUAGAAUAUGUUUUUGAUUCAUGUGAGUUGUGGAAGGAAUUGGAGGAUCGAUAUGAUCAGACUAAUGGUGCAAAGUUGUAUCAAGUUCAACGUGAAAUCAAUGAAUUAUCACAAGGAACUUUGGACAUAACUACCUACUACACUAGGAUGAAAAAGCUAUGGGAAGAAUUGAGCACAUUACACAUCAAAACACAAUGCAAUUGUAGUUGCACUUGUGGAGCUAAGGAUAAUGUGUUCAAAGUGGAGCAGGAUAGAAGGUUGAUACAGUUCCUUAUGGGGUUGAACGAGGCCUAUACUGUAGUUCGAGGGAAUAUCCUCAUGAUGAAUCCAUUACCUUCUUUGGCACAAACUUUUUCUCUGUUAGUACAAGAUGAGAAACAGAGAGAAAUUAAACCUAGUGCCCAAAUGUAUAUGGAAUCUGCAUCUUUGAAUGCAAGCAGUUCAAGGAAGAAAGGCAUGGAGUCUGCUGCUUUCAAUACAAAUGGUUCAGGAGGAGCAGGUCCUUCUAGGUCACCAAGACCAAACCAUUCUUCUACAGGGAACACCAAUACUAAUUUCAAGACUAACUAUUCUCAGACCAGUUCCUAUAGUGGCAACCGGCCUCGGGAACAAUUAUCAGAAUUUCAACCAAAAUGGAUACAGGGACAACAAUCAGAAUUUUAG